GCUAGGCAGCACCCAAUUCCGAACGUGUGCCGUUGGAAAGCCUCCGCCACCUUUACCAGCCGUUAGCCGUUAGUGGACUGAAGAUGCGCUAAAGUGCAGGUUACUGUGGAGACACUGUGAAGCUCAGCGACCUCCCAGCUAAUCUAAAAACUGGCAAAGACGAUCAGCAGCUGAAACAACCCAUCUGUAACAGCAUCAAGGCGGCCGUGCUGUUAAUUCUGUAUAACUUUAAGCCUUGAUAUAAUUUUAACAGGUGUAUCCAGGCUGCCUGGCCCACGCAGUCAACACCGCAUCUUAUUGAACAUUCCCAGAAUCAAAGGAGUGAUUGGACGACAGCUUCAGGAGACACAUUGCAGACCCGGUGACCUUCUGGAUCUCAGUUAUGAAGCCCAAACUUUUCCUGGCAGAACAGGAACUCAAGUUGGCUUGCUGCAGCAGCUGGAGAUGAGUAUAAAGACAGGAACCCUGCUCAUGGAAUACUCAGAGGACAGUAAUUCAGAGCCCAAUGUGGACCUGGAGAACCAGUACUACAACUCCAAAGCCUUGAAGGAGGAUGAUCCCAAAGCAGCUCUCAGCAGUUUCCAGAAGGUGUUGGAGCUAGAAGGAGAGAAAGGAGAAUGGGGAUUCAAAGCACUGAAACAGAUGAUAAAAAUCAACUUCAAGCUGACCAACUUUCCAGAAAUGAUGAACAGGUACAAGCAGCUUCUCACAUACAUCAGAAGUGCUGUCACCAGGAAUUACUCAGAGAAAUCCAUCAACUCCAUUCUGGACUAUAUUUCUACCUCCAAACAGAUGGACUUGCUACAGGAGUUCUAUGAAACCACGUUGGAGGCUUUGAAAGACGCAAAGAACGACAGACUGUGGUUUAAAACUAACACAAAGUUAGGGAAGCUGUACUUGGAGAGAGAAGAGUACGGGAAACUGCAAAAGAUCCUAAGGCAACUUCACCAGUCAUGUCAGACAGAUGAUGGGGAGGAUGACCUGAAGAAAGGCACACAGCUGUUGGAGAUCUAUGCUCUGGAGAUCCAGAUGUACACCGCACAGAAAAACAACAAGAAAUUGAAAGCCCUGUAUGAGCAGUCACUUCAUAUUAAAUCUGCCAUUCCUCACCCACUGAUAAUGGGCGUUAUCAGAGAGUGUGGUGGGAAGAUGCAUUUACGAGAGGGUGAGUUUGAGAAAGCUCACACAGACUUCUUUGAGGCCUUUAAAAACUAUGACGAGUCCGGAAGCCCAAGAAGGACGACAUGCCUGAAGUACCUGGUCCUAGCCAACAUGCUGAUGAAGUCGGGAAUAAAUCCUUUUGACUCUCAAGAGGCCAAACCGUACAAAAAUGACCCAGAAAUUCUAGCAAUGACAAACUUAGUAAGCGCCUACCAGAACAAUGACAUCACUGAAUUUGAGAAAAUCUUGAAAACAAACCACAGUAACAUAAUGGACGACCCCUUCAUUAGAGAGCACAUAGAGGAGCUCCUGAGGAACAUUAGAACUCAAGUACUUAUCAAACUCAUCAAACCGUACACGAGAAUACACAUCCCUUUCAUUUCGAAGGAGCUGAACAUUGACGUGUGUGAUGUGGAGAGUUUGCUGGUGCAGUGCAUCUUGGAUAACACAAUCCACGGCCGGAUCGACCAAGUCAACCAGCUACUAGAACUGGACUACCAGAAGAGAGGAGGGGCUCGCUACACAGCUUUAGACAAAUGGACAAAUCAGCUGAACACACUCAACCAAGCCAUUGUUAGCAAACUCACAUGAUGGCAUGUAAAAAAAAAAUCAAGAGGAAAGGAAAAAUGGCAUGUUUUAAUACA